UCCUCCUGGGGGCCCCCAGAAAACCACAGGGCCAGCCGCCUACCCUUAGGGAGCGGCAGAAUGGCUGAGGGUAAGGCAGGUGGCGCCGCGGGCCUCUUCGCCAAGCAGGUGCAGAAGAAGUUCAGCCGGGCCCAGGAGAAGGUGCUACAGAAGUUGGGGAAAACUGUGGAAACCAAAGAUGAACGAUUUGAACAAAGUGCCAACAACUUCUACCAUCAACAGACAGAAGGCAACAAGCUCUACAAGGACCUAAAGAACUUCCUCAGUGCAGUCAAAGUGAUGCAUGAAAGUUCAAAAAGAGUGUCAGAAACCUUGCAGGAGAUCUACAGCAGCGAGUGGGAUGGGCACGAGGAGCUGAAAGCCAUCGUAGGGAAUAAUGAUCUCCUUUGGGAAGACUAUGAAGAGAAACUAGCUGACCAGGCUGUGAGGACCAUGGAAAACUAUGUAGCCCAGUUCAGCGAGAUUAAGGAGAGAAUCGCCAAGCGGGGUCGGAAACUUGUGGACUACGACAGUGCCCGGCACCACCUGGAGGCAUUACAAAAUGCCAAGAAGAAAGAUGAGGCCAAGACCGCCAAGGCAGAGGAGGAAUUCAACAAAGCCCAGAUUGUGUUUGAAGAUUUGAACCAGGAACUACUAGAGGAGCUGCCUGUUCUUUAUAAUAGUCGCAUUGGCUGUUAUGUGACCAUCUUCCAAAACAUUUCCAACUUGAGGGAUGUCUUCUACAGGGAGAUGAGCAAGCUGAACCACAAUCUCUACGAGGUGAUGAGCAAACUGGAGAAGCAACAUUCCAACAAAGUCUUUGUGGUGAAGGGACUAUCAAGUAGCAGCAGGCGUUCUUUGGUCAUCUCUUCCCCAGUUCGAACCUCUACAGCGUCCACUCCUCUGACCUCCCCUACCAGUCCCUCUUCACUUUCUCUGAAGAGUGAAAGGGAAUCUGUCUCAGCAAGUGAAGAGGAACUGCCACUUGAGCCAGCCCAAGGAGAAAACAACUCUGAGAUCAAAGAAGAGCCCUUGAAAGAGAAGGCAGUCGAGGACGAAGAGUCUGAAGCAGGCUCCUCUGAGGAGGAAGCGCCUCUGCCAGCCUGCAACGGCCCCACCCGGGCCCAGCCUUCUCCCACCACGGAGGACAGCCAGCCCAGGGAGGAAGUUCCCCCUUGCUCCCCGGCACCAGCCCCAGGAGGACCUCUUAUCCCCUCAGAGCAGCCUGCGACUCUCCCAGAGGUAGUUCUCCGAGCCCGCACCGCAAGUGAAGGAUCUGAACAACUAAAGAAGAAACCCUCUAUCCAGAGGACCUCAGCACCCCCUACCAGGCCUCCUCCACCCAGAGGCACGCCCAGCCCCAGGCCCUCCUCAGGCAACAUCACCUCCAGCCCUGAGGCCUCCGAGCAGGGUUCACCCAGCAGCUCCGCUGUCUUCCUGGGGACUGGAACUCCAAGCCCCAGGGCCUCCUUAGAAGCCUCACCUGAUCCACAGCCACCAGAGAAGCCAGCAAGAGUUUCUGAGAGCAAAGAAAAGGAGAACGCCAACAGUGUGAGCCCAGAAGAACUUUGUACCUCCCCUCCCCUGACCUCGCAGGUUGGUUCGGAAUCUGACAAGACAAAAAAGAUGGAAGACAAGGAAGAGGACAAUGAAGUUUUCUCAGCUGACUCCCCUGAGAACCAGGGUCUUCAACCUCAUGUCUCUGCAGAUCCAGAAGAGAACAGCGACAUAGCACCGGGGCCUCAAGAAGAGGUACCCACAAUUUUAAAUACAGAACUCUGAAGAGGAACAGCUACAACCUCCCCGUACACACAUCUCCCCAGAAAAGUUCCUCAGCUGGAGGGUGUUUAUAGGUCAAAGGAUGUGAAAUCCAGCAUUCUUUUUUCUAGGUUCUCAAACAGGGUGAAUGCUGGAGUUCUCUGAAGACCUAGCAUUAAUGGAGGCUGAGGAGCAGAUUCAGGGGAGGGAGAGAGGGAGGCAGGUUUGAGGGGAAAGACUAUUAGACUCAUGAAAUAUUUAAUUCAGGUCUUCGGCACUGUUAGAAUAAUAUGAUUUUAUAUAUAAUAAUUAAAGUAGAGUUAAAAUUACUAUAAAAAGCAAAGGAGUUGUCCGCUUAUCCAACAGAGAUAUGUAACUGCACACGGUGAAUGAGCAAAUCCUGACUUAUAAGACUUAAUGCCAAAGAACAGGU